UUUCUCUUCAUCUCUCUCUCUUCCUCAUUAUUCUCUAAAUGUUGAGUUAUCACUGAAGACUCGGAUCUAUGACUUUCGAAUGAUAGGGUUUUCAAUUAUCAUGUAUUUGCUUUGCACGUGUAACUAUUUAACAUCUAUUUUACUUUCUGUUAUUUGCCCGAUUCAGAUUUCGUGUGAAUGUGUUGGUGAUGUGGAUUUAUGUGGUUGCUGCCUUUUCUGUUUUUGCCACUGUAUUUUUUUUAAAGCAUAUUUGGUACUAAAAACACAAUUUGUGCACGUGAUCUAUUUAAUUUAAACUAUAACGAUUACUUGUAAAUAGUGUGUGUGAGAGUGGUAGUGUUAUGUUCAAUGGACCAAGAAAUUAGUGGGCUAAGAGAAGAUAUAGCAACCUAAGUGUAUGGAAGAUUAUGUUCACUAAGUAGUUAGAUUAUGUAAUUGUGUGCUGGCUCAAUAGUAUUGGCUAGUGUAGAUUUAGGGGAGUGCAGGGUGCGUUAAUUGCGUUUUGCCAUUUUCUUUUUUCUGUUAUUACAUUGUGGCGUUGGACACUGUUAUUGUUAUAAAAUCUUGUGUGUAAGAGUGAGAGUCGGGUGAAGAAUUUGUCGCUCUUCUAGUAGGUCCCAGUCUUUGAAUUCAGGGAAGAAAUAUCUUGACGCCUAAGCAGUUGGUGCUUUCAUUGAGAGACACCAUGGCAAACAACACAUGAUCCCAGGCUAAUAUAGAUUCCUUGGAGGAAGAUGUUGUGCUCACUGUGAAUCAAACCAUUCUGACUAACAGUCAGAACAUUAUGGAUGAGCUUUUGGCCAAGGUUACUGCACUGGAGACACCUCAAAAGCUGUCCAUAUUGGAAUCCCUUUUCCAGCACUGUCGCCCUUAGAGCAAUCUCACCAUGAUGAAGUGACAUCCUGAUACCAUGUGAAGUUAUAUGUAUCCAGGUCUGAACAGAACCUUUACGAUGGAUAUUCAAGAUAACUACUUCUUUGAGUACCAUGACACGUUGAAAGAAGUUUACAACCCUGUAGCUUCUUUUUACAUGGAUUGGCUGGCUCUCGGAUGGUUUUAGUGGAUGUUUCAGAAUGGCCAGUGCCAAAUCAGAUCAUGGCUGGGUUACAUUUUUGGAAGCUCAUUUUUCCCCCUUGUGCCUUUUAUCAUAGCAGGGUGCUCCAAAUCUAUCACAAUGGAUAGUCCCCUUCAUUCCAGUGCUCAGAUCAUAGUGUUACUACAGCAUUAUUGUGAUCUUUUUCAAAACCCUAUUGAAGAAAUUUUGCAACAUGGGUGUCAUUUGACAUAGUAACAGUCCCUUUUCCUCCAGUCCUUUUUGUUGAAAAAGAAAGAUGGUACAUGGAGAUUUUUGUUGAUUAUUGAGCACUCAAUGCCAUUGCUAUAAAAGAUUGAUUUCCCAUUCCAGCACUGGAUGAACUUCCGGAUGAAUUAGUGUGAACUGAGAUGGCUGGAGGUGUUAUUCAGCAAUUGUUGAGGAGGAAACUCCAAUUUCAUUCUCCUAAUUCUUCUUUUGUGUCAUCAAUUAUCACAAAGAAAGAUGGUGCUGGCUCUACUGGCAGCAGCUCCUUUAGAGCGAUAGCAUUAAUUGGAGCUGGUGUGUCAGGGUUUUUGAGCUUUGCUACAACAGCAUCAGCUGAUGAAGCUGAGCAUGGCCUAGCAUGUCCAAACUAUCCAUGGCCUCACAAGGGCAUCCUCAGUUCAUAUGAUCAUGCUUCGAUUCGUCGUGGUCAUCAAGUUUAUCAAGAAGUCUGUGCUUCCUGUCAUUCUAUGUCUUUAAUAUCAUACCGUGAUUUGGUUGGUGUUGCUUACACUGAAGAAGAGGUAAAGGCUAUGGCAGCUGAGAUUGAGGUGGCUGAUGGCCCUAACGAUGAGGGUGAGAUGUUCGCACGCCCUGGUAAACUCAGUGACCGUUUUCCUCAGCCAUAUGCAAAUGAAGCAGCUGCUAGGUUUGCUAAUGGAGGAGCCUAUCCUCCCGAUUUAAGUCUUAUUACCAAAGCCCGUCACAAUGGUCAGAACUAUGUUUUUGCACUUCUAACUGGUUAUCGUGAUCCUCCUGCUGGCGUAUCGAUUAGAGAAGGACUGCACUAUAAUCCUUAUUUUCCUGGCGGGGCCAUUGCCAUGCCUAAAAUGCUUAAUGAUGGUGCUGUUGAAUAUGAAGAUGGUACCCCUGCUACAGAAGCUCAGAUGGGUAAAGAUGUUGUGUCUUUCUUGUCUUGGGCUGCUGAACCUGAGAUGGAAGAGAGAAAAUUGAUGGGAUUUAAAUGGAUAUUUGUUUUAUCACUGGCAUUACUUCAAGCUGCCUAUUACCGUCGCCUUCGGUGGUCUGUUCUAAAGUCUCGCAAGCUGGUUCUUGAUGUUGUCAACUAGCUGCCUUCAAGUUUCAUUUUGCACUUCAGGAAAGGUUGUUGGCAAUAAUUUUGUCAGACACUUAAGUUGUCCCACCAUGUCAAAUUCGUUGGAGUAAUUGGAAGCGUAUUCUAUUUUUGUUUGAGAUAGAAAUAAAGCUGUUUCAAGAAUGUGAGAUAUAGUUACUUUCACUUUUUCUCCCUUCUCAUCAGACGUAUAUUAUUAUUACCUUCUUCAGGAGCCCUGUGCUCGUGUUUUUUCUCAAUCUGAUUGCUAUGGUAAUUGACCUGUGGUUGAGGUUUAUUUAGGUUCAAUUUAGAAAAUUGAAGCAAGGUCAAAAUGUUCCUUUUAGAAGUCGGAAAUAAGGUUCAUUUUCACUUCAUUGCCAUAUGAUUCCAAUAGCUAAGUAUUGAGGAAACGCUUGUUCGUUAAGGUGGUUAUGAGCACAUAUUAUCAGCCUUUAAGGCCGAGGGCCUAUGAAACACAUACAAAUAAUCUCGAAAGUUAAACUCG